GAAGUUUAUCUGAAUAUUUUACAGGAGACUUCAGAGAGAAGUCAGUGAUUUGGGAGUCGUUUGUUUUUGCUUUUUUUUUUUUGGAAUCGGUGCAUUCAGUCGAGAUGCUGACUUUGCUGGUUGGACUGUUGUCCCUGCUCAGUGGACACACGGCGCGAACCCAAGAUGCCACAGGUAGCCGCUUCGUUUGUAACGCCAUCCCCCCGGGCGCAGAGCCGGGCUGUGGAUACGUUUCCACGGGGAACCGCGUCCAGAGCAGCAGCCCCGUGGAGGACGAGCUGCGGAACACGAUCAUCCAGCUCCGGGAGACCAUCCUUCAACAGAAGGAGACCAUCGUGAGCCAGCAGGGGACCAUCAGGGAGCUCAACUCCAAGCUGGCUCGCUGCGAGGCGGCGGCCGAUGUGUCUCCCCAGGGCAAGUCCCGGGGUCAGGGCUCCAGGCGGAAGGAGUUCGGCAAGAACACCAUGGGGGACCUGCCCAGGGACCCCGGCGAUACCGUAGACCAGCUCGGCAAGACCAUGCAGAGUCUUAAGGGUCGGCUGGAGAACUUGGAGCAGCAAAGUUUGCGUCUCCCCAGCACAAACGUGUCAGCUGGAGGUGUCACUGCCCUGACUCCCCUGCCACCCGAGUUGCGGGAGCUGCUGCGGCAGCGUCUUGGGGCGCUGGAGACCCAGCUCCUCCGGAAAGUGGCUGAGCUUGAGGAGGAGAAGAGCCAGCUCUACAAUGAAACAGCGGCCCACCGCCAACGCACAGAGAGUGCUCUCAAUUCCCUCCUGGAGAGGAUCACCGAGCUCGAGAAGAGUAACAAUGCCUUCAAGUCACCUGAGGAUUUCAAGGUGUCCCUGCCUCUUCGUACCAACUACCUGUACGGCCGCAUCAAGAAAAGCCUCCCAGAAAUGUACGCUUUCACUGUGUGCAUGUGGCUCAAGUCCAGCGCCAGUCCCGGCAUCGGCACCCCGUUCUCCUAUGGCGUGCCAGGCCAGGCCAAUGAGAUAGUCCUCAUCGAAUGGGGGAACAACCCCAUUGAGCUGCUGGUCAAUGAUAAGGUGGCCCAGCUCCCUCUGUCAGUGAGUGACGGGCGCUGGCAUCACAUCUGCAUCACCUGGACAACUAGAGACGGCUUCUGGGAGGCGUACCAGGAUGGGGAGCGUCUAGGCACCGGUGACAACCUGGCCCCCUGGCACCCAAUUAAACCUGGAGGGGUGAUCAUCCUGGGCCAAGAGCAGGAUGUAGUCGGAGGUCGUUUCGACGCCACUCAGGCCUUUGUGGGCGAGCUGAGCCAGUUCAACAUGUGGGACCGAGUGCUGCGGUCUGUGGACAUCGUGGGUCUGGCCAACUGCUCGGCCUACAUGCCCGGCAACGUGGUUCCUUGGAUUGAUGCUAACGUGGAAGUGUUCGGCGGUGCAACUAAAGCUGCUCUGGAGAUCUGUGAAGAUCGUGCUUUUGAUUCCUAA